AACAAACCAAAGCGAUCAAGAGAUCAGAGAGAACCGAUACCUCCGACGAGCUCUUCUUCGCUUCGAGAACCUUCGAGAAGGAAUGCAGGAUCUCCAAUCGAUCGCCGGCGCCAGAGCCGGCUUCGUCUUCGGAUCCGGCGUUCACCGGCAACUCCGCGGCCUCCCUCCGGCCCCUCACCAGCAACCCCCUCUCAAGUGCCCUCGCUGCGGCUCCUCCAACACCAAGUUCUGCUACUAUAACAACUACAACCUCUCCCAACCCCGCCACUUCUGCAAGUCUUGCCGCCGUUACUGGACCCGCGGCGGCGUCCUCCGCAACGUCCCCGUCGGCGGCGGCUCCCGUAAGCCCUCCUCCUCCUCCUCUAAGAAACCCUCCUCCUUUUCUAAGAAAUCAUCUCCAUCUCCGUCUCCAUGUCCAUCUCCAUCUCUAUCCCCAAUCUCGCAGCCAAACCCUAAUCCAAUCGCCGAUCCGCAAGCCUCGCCGGAGGACGUGAUAGGUCCCGGCGCAGUCCCUUCGAUCCUUUCCUUCCCCGAAGUCUUCGAUCCGGCGCCGAUCGCCGGAUAUGAGAUCAGGAUCUCCGGGUUCAACCAUGAUGCGGUGCAAGAGGACUUGAUUCCCAGCGGUAUGUUCACCGGCGGUGGUGAUAUCGAUCCAGGACUCUUUGAUCUAACGUACGCCGUUGAUCCGCCGGCUUUUUGGAACACUCUGAGCUGUGGUAACUGGGGAGUUGCUUCUGAUCCUUCUCUUUUUAUCCCUUAAUUACUUAAUUAGUUUUCUCUAAUCUUAUAAUUAUGUGAGAAUUUUAUAUAUAAUUUCAACCAUUUUCUUUGUUUUUGUUGUUUAUAUGGGAAUUGGGAUGGGCUUAGUCUGACCUCCUUUGAUGUAAUGUAAAUUUAAAUGUUUUUUUUUUAUAUUUCUAAUCUUAAGAAUAUAUAUUUGAUGAUUUGAA